UGGGUUUAUAUGUAAGGAAAUGUGAAUGGAAAGUUCUCUAGACUUCAAAGAGUGAACAUUUCAAUUGCAUAAUUUGUGUAUCAUAACAAUGGAGAGAGAGCGAACAUGAAUUUAGUGUGUGAUUAGCGAAUUGUGUAACCACUACAGUUUGAUCAAAACAUUCAAAAGAAGAGUUGCUUUGCCAGAAAGCAAGAAAUUAAAAAAAAUCAAGAAUUGUUUAUAUUCAGGAAAAUUUGGCAGCGUCACUGUGCUGUGUGGAUUCAUAAUGGGAAAUGCUAGUAAAUCUGCAGUAAGAUUCACUCUCUUUUGGAUAUUGAGUCUGUUUUUUUUAAAAAUAGGCGCACGAAGACCAGUAAAAUGUCCUGAAAGUUGUAUAUGUACUGAAGAAACUGCUCAGUGUGAGAACAGAAAAUCGAUUCCUCAGAGUUUUCCCCCAGAAGUAGUUCAUUUAUCAUUCAUGAAGUCUGGUUUCAGUGAAAUUCCAGAAAGAAGCUUUGUGAAUAAAAGGUCCCUCCAGCUUCUUUUGUUCACGUCGAACACAUUUUAUUCAGUUGCUGAUGAUGCAUUCAAGGGUCUCGAUCAUCUGAAAUAUCUUUUUAUAGAGAAUAAUAAAAUCCAGUCCAUUUCAAGACAUGCUUUCCGAGGCCUCAAGACAGUUUCUCAUUUAAGUUUGGCAAAUAACAACAUUCAAACCCUUCCUAAAGACUUAUUCAAAGGCCUGGAUUCAUUAACUAAUAUAGAUCUUAGAGGCAACUCUUUCCACUGUGAUUGCAAACUGAAAUGGUUGGUAGGAUGGUUGAUUUAUACCAAUGCAACAGUUGAUCCGAUCUAUUGUGCAAGUCCAAGGAAGUAUAAUGAAACAAAAAUAAGCCACCUUCCGCUGAAAGAAUUUGACUGUCUUACUGCGGAUUUUGUCAUUUACCAGACCUUGAAAUUUCAGUCCUUGUCAAUUGAAAGCUUCACUUACAUGAAUGAUAUUUAUGUAGCAAUUGCCCAACCUGUGGCUGGAAAUUGUGGCAUCCUUGAAUGGGAUCAUGUUGAAAUGGUCUUCAGGAAUUUCGACAACAUUACUGGCACUUCUACAGUAUUCUGUAAACCACUGAUCAUUGACAAUCAGCUGUUUGUAGUUGUUGCUCGGCUUUUUGGUGGCUCUCACAUUUACAAAAGGGAUAUUUCUGCCAACAAGUUUAUUAAGAUCCAGGAUAUAGAUACUUCAAAAAUCAGAAAGCCAAAUGAUAUUGAAUCAUUUCACAUAGAAGGAGAAUGGUUUUUCGUUAUUGCUGACAGCUCCAAGGGUGGGACUACUACGAUAUAUAAAUGGAAUGGAAAUGGAUUUUACUCUCAUCAAUCAUUGCAUCGUUGGUACAGAGAUAUAGAUGUGGAGUACCUUGAAAUAGCUAACAAGCCACAUUUAAUCUUACUAAGUCUUUUCCAACGACCUGUUAUCUAUCAAUGGAACAAAGGGAGGAAAGAAUUUGUUUGGCGUAUUGAUAUCCCUGAGACAGAUAAUGUAUAUGCAGUUAAACAUUUUAAAAUCAGAGACAAUUUAUAUAUUUGCUUAACAAGAUUCCUUGGUGACUCCACAAUAAUGAAAUGGAAUGUCUCCAUGUUUGUGGAAGUGCAGACAUUUCCAUCACGGGGAUCCAUGGUAUUGCAGCCUCUUAAAUUAAAUAAAUGGCAAUAUGCCAUUCUGGGAAAUGACUAUUCAUUUACUGAGAUUUUUCAAUGGGACACAGCCAAAGGAAAAUUUAUGAAAUUUAAUGAAGUCAUCAUCCAGGCUCCGAGGGCAUUCACUGCUGUAUUGGCUGAUAACCGUGAGUUUUUGUUUGCCUCAAGUUUUAAAGGAAAUACACAAAUAUAUGAGCAUAUUAUAAUUGACACAAGUGCAACAUAAGAAUGCUGACUCUGAUGUAUUUACAUAUUACAAAAAUACUUCUUCAAACCACAGUGAACACUCUCAUUUACUGGAUAUGUUAAUGAAGUCCAUGCAUGUUUUUUUUAUUGCUGUAUUUUGAAAUGAAGGCUGUUUUUAAUUAAUAUCACAAGAAGACCAAUAUUUCAUGUUAUUUUCCACUAAUCGUCUUAUUCAGGUAACAUGUACAAUGAUAAAAACUGAUUCUUAUUGAAUUAAUUUCCACUUACUCAGUUGGCAUUGUUAUGCAAAAUCUAACCGUAGGCAGGGCAAACUUGUUGAGGAUAGCUAAUAAACUUCUGAUGUCAAAUAUAAAGAAACUUCUGGUGUCAUUAUGCUAAUAUACGAUUAGUUGAGCUCUCAUCACCUGAGGAUGUCUUAGUUCAUUCAACUACAACUUAUCUCAAAUGUUAGGAAUUUAUUAUUAGUCUACAAAAUGACCCAUGCAGCAGAAUCACAUUUUAUGAUUGUCUACAGAUCAGGUACUUAAUACAUGAUAAUUUUGUUUUACUGACACUAGUAAGACUAAAUGAAACAUGGAUUAAUUGCUCGUGCCAUAGUAUUUAGUGAAGUCACACAGGUACGAUCUUUGAAUAAAUUUUUGAUUUCCUAGACCAGAGUAAUUGACCAUUUCAUCAUUUCUCUUUGUUCCCAUUUGUUAUUUGACCCAAAUUUAGAAAUUAAUGUUGAUAUUAUCAGUACAUUAUUGUUUAAAACUUUCAUGUGACAUUCUGUUGUUUACUAUUUUAAA